CGUCAAUACCAGCACGUCCCUAGCCAGUUUGCCCUGUCCUCUCCGUCUCCCUCCUCUCAACAAUCAUCUUGACAGCCGCAUGCACGUCGUGGGACACUAUGUGUGCCGGGUCAUCGGGAUCGUUAUCCUCGCCGCUGAACACACCCGUCCUCACCAGCACUGACGUCCACGGCAGCCCGGCACGAUUUGCACCUCUCACGUCGGCUCUGACGGCAUUGAUGAAACAGACAAACAAACCAACCAUCAGGCACAUCUUUGCCCGUUUAAGUGCGUGUAUGCGUCGGCUGGUUGCUUUACUUGGGGUUGUCUCCGAUGGCAUAGAUGCGGUCGAAGGUGACAUUGUCAGCGGCUGGCAGCGACCGAAUGCGCCGUACCUCUGCCUCCAGGAUGCGCGUGGCGUACCUGUACACCACUGCAUUCGGCUUGCUGAUACAUAUGAAACGACCCACCACGAAUGAGAGCAUACGUGCAGCUUGCGUCUAUCUGCACCCGGCAGGCCAGCUCACCCAUAGUAUGUGACGGGCAGCGGCCGGCCGUGCAGCUUCUCGAAUAAGUGCUCAAGCGCUGUAGUGAAUGCACCCUGCCCAAACCUACCUGACACACACCAACUCAUGGCAUGGCGACGGAUGGGGUGACUAUUUGACUGGCUGGCUCGCCAGUACCUGGGCGUGUGGUGUGCCGCAGAAUAGAGAAAGUCGGGGUUGGAGGCGUACAGAUGAGGGCUGUGCUCCUCGCCGGCCGCCAGCGAGCCAGACAGAAUGUCGCACAACACCUGUGCUUCCAGCGCCCAAUCCUGGGGGUCAUGCAGGAUCACCACAGCCUCCGGCAGCGGCCUGAACAGACGAAAAGAGGCAAAGCCGACCGCGUCCAUGCACCAUCACCCGUCCGUGGCUCACCCCUUCGGUCUCGUCUCCACUUUGCGGUAGGGAUAAAGGUUAGGCCACUCCUGCUUAUACACACACAACCCACAUGCAGCCACACUUCGGUGGCUGCUGCAGUCAGAUUUCUGAUCUCUUGUCCGACCGCACCUGCAGGAAGUCCUGCGGUGUGAUGAUGUCGCUAAAGCCACACGAUUUGGCGACGUCGAGAAAGCGCUUGGAUCCCACCACCAUGACCCGACGGUCUGUGUAGCGCUGCGCCACUUCCCUCAUCGGCGUGUGGCUCAUCUGGACCUGACCGACACCCAGACAGACACCUGCAUCGAUGCAUCCACCCACCGAUCCUAUCUGCCUCUAUCUAUCAUACCUACCUGAUCAGGCGAGACCUCUGUGUCCAGGAGUGUCGUCAGCUCCUCUGCCUUGUUGCUCUCCGUAAUGCCGCCGCCGUUGGUCAAGAAGGUGAAAGGCAGGUCCCCAUCUCUCAGCAGCUUCAGGGCCUCCUUGGCCCCCUGCAGCGCUUUCUUGCCUCUCACAAGCACGCCAUCGAUGUCGAACUGAAUGCAUGCACACACACAGAACAGAAUCACACUGCGCCAGAUGAAGAUCUGGGCGUGCCUUCACUCACCACGACAGCUGCCUUUUCUCGAUGCGUCGAUGGUGCGUCACGGCUUGCUGCUGUAGUGGAGAGAUGCCGCCGAUGCAGCGAUGCGCUGCAUACCAGGCCUCUCCUCACGCCUGAAGCAGGCACGAACCGAGAGAAACGCUUUCAAAUUGGUUCUUUCUUUCGCCUUUGUCCUUCUCUGCUGUUGCUCACCUUGGACGCUGCGCAUCAAAGAGCUCUCGUCUUCC